CAUAAUAUACAUAAUUUUUUAUAAAAAGUAGGAUUUUUUCAUGUUUCUGAUAUGGUUGAUGGAGCACGAUGAUCUCUAUUUGUUCACUUCACCAUCUACUAGAAACACACUGGAGAAGCCAUCAUUGGCUAAUCCUGAAAAGUGUUGUAUGGUUCCUUUUCAGCCUCUCUUUAAAUGCUUUCAUAAGUCUGUCUUUUUUGGUUGUCAUGUUACACUGUCCAGCAGCUGAAUUCAUGUGAUCUCACAUUAGUAUCUGGAGAGCAGCCAAUAGAAAAGUUGCCCUCUAUGAAAAAAACAAAAACCAAAGUCAAACAAAGCUGUGGUUGGUCAAAGUUCCCUGUCACUGGUUAGAUUCUCUAAAAGCUAAUCAGAGCUCAGAUGGGGUACAGUGGACUCCAAAUUUACCAAAGAGGCAGUCAAGAAAGCAGGCGUGAAACAGCAGCAGUAGGUUUAUUUCUGUGUUCACACUGAAGAAUGUCUUUAAGGGCGAAGGGGUGAGGUGCAAUUGUUUUUAUCAGACACCAUGAAGCCUGCAUCAGUCUCUCUGCUCCUCGGUGUGGAUAUGCUGCUGCUGUCUGUGCUCACAGUUUCUGCAGUGUUUCUGAAUGUCAGUCCAAACCGUCCUGAGUUCUUCUCAGGAGAGUCUGUGACUCUGACCUGUGAGGGGGUUCACAGCCCUGAUGGUUGGACCCUGAAGAGAAGAAAUUACAUAGAAAUAAAGAGCUGUGGUGAAGACUUUGGCCAGUUUGAUGGUUCCUCAUGCAUCAUCUCAGAUCUGAAAGAGAUGUCAUCUUACUGGUGUGAGGACAGAUCAGGACAGAAGAGUGACGAGCUCAACAUCUAUGUAUCAGAUCACGUGAUCCUAGAAAUGCCUGCUCUGCCAGUGAUGGCAGGAAGUAAUGUCACUUUGAGCUGCAGACCUCGUUAUGACAGUUACAGAGUCCGCUCCAUCGACAGGAAGAGGGAGUCUGACAGGGAGAGCUUCUCUGCAGUCCACACCAUCUACAAUGUGCAAAAGUCUGAUGAAGGCAUCUACAGCUGCAGUGUAAUCUACACUGAUAUGGUGAUGGUAUCAGGUCAUAGCAGGCUGACUGUUGCAGCUCCUCGUCCUGAUCCCACAUCUCCUUCUCCUCCUCUGUCUCUGUCUAUGCUCAGAGUCUUCUGCCAUCUGCUGGUUGUAUGUCUGUACUGCAUCUCCACCAUCCUGAUGCUGUUGAUCUGCUGUAGCAGGAACAGGAACUCAGGAGAACCUGCCAUAUCCAUGUAUGAUGAUGUCACCGCUGAUGUCACCGCUGAUGUCACCACUGAGCAUGAGUUCUGAACAAAUCUGAAGGAGCUGCACUGUAACAUUUAUGCCUAAAUAUUUCCACAUGUAGCAUCAAGCUGACUGUUUUCUGUCUUGUCUGCUCGUGCCAGUAAAGCUUUGUGUGAAUUUG